UUGUUGUGUUUGUUCUCUUUCUUCUGAGCAUUCAUCACUCUCAUUCUCAAAACAGAACCGUUUUCAUAUUUGGAGACUCUCUACAUGAUUAUGGAAACACUAUGUACUUUCCCACCAUCACAUUUUUCCAAGGCAACUUCUACCCAUAUGGAAUAACUUUCUUCAACUUUCCCACUGGAAGAAUCUCUGAUGGACGUUUGAUCCCAGAUAUUAUUAUUAAGUAUUCGGAUUCAAGGAAGCCUCGGCCAUUCUUGGAUCCUAGACGGCUUAAUAGUAAUGGAGUCAACUUUGCAUGUGCUGGGGCUGGAGCUUUGCCUGAAACUAAUCGAGGCUUGGUGAUUGACUUGAGGACUCAAGGAUCGAACUAUAGAAGAGUCAGCAGGGAAUUGAGACAGCAACUUGGAGAAGACAGAGGCAGAAGCUUGUUGUCCACAGCUGUUUAUAUAUUUUCCGUUGGAGGGAAUGACUAUGCAUCCCCUUUAUAUUCAAACCCCUUGAAUGUCACUUUUCCAUACUCUCAACAACAAGUUGUAGAAUACGUCGUUGGCAACAUUACAGCAGUGAUCAAAGAAAUUUACAAUGAAGGUGGAAGAAAAUUUUCGAUUAUGAAUCUUCCUGCUCUGGGUUGUGCUCCGGCACUAAGGCUACUCGUGCCUGGAACAACUAUAAAAGCAUGUGUUGCAGCACCAGCUUCUGCUCUUGCCAGACUACACAAUAUUGCUCUUUCCAGAUCUUUUCAAAACCUAGAAAGUCAACUAAAUGGAUUCAAUUACUCAAUUUUUAAUUUCUAUGAUGUAUUUCUGGAAAUGCUCAAGUACCCUUCAAAAUAUGGUUUGAAAGAGGGGAGUGUGGCUUGUUGUGGAGGUGGACCCUACAGAGGAGAUUAUAGUUGUGGAGGGAGAAGGGGUAACCCAUUUUAUCAAUUAUGCAGCGAUCCUGGUGAGAAUUUGUUCUCUGAUUCUCUUCAUCCAUCGGAUAAAGCUAAUGAACAUUUCGCUCGGCUAAUGUGGAAUGGUACCAGUGAUGUGAUUGAGUCUUACAAUCUGAACCAGUUGUUCAACUUUUAAUAAAUAGCUCUACGUAAAUUUAGUCCUUUGCAGAAUAAAACAAAAAUCAUUGCUGGAUGCAGCAUGAUUGAAUAGAGAUAUAUGGUUACUGUAAUAGUAUGGUAAAAGUAGGAAAAUGAUAUUUUAACACCAUUUUUUUUACGAUACUAUUUUGAUUUU